GCACGAGAACUUCGGGAGGUAGAGAUACAGCACAUGGAGGAACCAAGGCAGCCCUAUUCUCCAUCAAAUAUGCCACCGGCUGAACCAGUGUCCAGGGUCACCAUGAAGACCUUCCUGAGUGUGAUCACUAUCUUCGUUAUUGCUCACCUUGUAGGCACCGUCCUCUAUAUUUUGCACCUUCACAACAAGUUAGACAAGAUGAGCAAUGAGCUGACGUUACACGAAGAUUACGUGUUCCUGAAGCGAGUGCAGAGCUGUCGGAAACCGCAGGGGGAGGAGAUCUCCUUUCUAGAUUGCACGAAGAUUUCAGACAGCUUCCGAGAACUGAUGGAUUCUUUCCAAAAGGUUCCAGAUCAAAUUCUGCCAGCUAUGCAAACAAGUAAGCCAAAGCGAGGUGCAAGCAUUCACUUGGCAGGUGUGAGCAGCCGGAGCAAAAUUCUACACUGGAAGAAUACAACCUACGCCCCGAGGGAUGAUGCAUUCUCCAACCGGGAUGGAAAAAUCACAAUUAGCAAAGACGGGAGCUAUUACAUUUACGCCCAAGUCACCUUCUGCAGCAAGUCAGAGCUGCGUGCCCCGUUCAACGUCCUCGUCUAUCUCAACCUGCCGUCGGAGACAGAUCAACUGCUACUGAAGGGGGUGGGGACUUACGGCACUUCAGUGGACCUGUGUGGCUUGCAGUCCAUCCAGGUGAGCAGGGUUGUGGAGCUCAAGUCCGGCCACACCGUCUUUGUCAACGUAACGGACAUCUCCAGAGUAGAUUAUACCCAUGGGAACACCCAUUUUGGCCUUAUUCAACUCUCCUAGAAGAGGUGCUUCUUUGUGUGGCCCGCCAUCCCUUCUCCUGUCCUCCAACCGUAUUUAUGAACUCUUUGGUUCCAUUUCUUUUAUACAUGUAUUUUAUUUAAUUUAUUAAGCAGGAGGGGGAGGGUAAAUUGUUCAUAUCUGAAGGUUAUCAAAUAUAGGCGGCCCUUAAUAUGAGAAGAUAGCAGUGGUUUGUUACGUGUUGAAAGGCUGAGGGCUGCCGGUUUCAAGACGGCAUCUCACGUGGCUUCCAGGACGGUUGCUGAAGAAGAAAGCGGUGGGCCUCUCCAUCCCACGCGUGCUUUGCUAGUAGAACUUACUGAUUGGCCAUAUGUCAAUAGGGAAGCAUCUGUUUCAUCCUGGAGGCCCACACCAGGUCACAGUUACCUCCAAAGAGGACUAAGAAAGACCCUUAGGAAGAACUGCCUGCUCCUCACCAUCAACCAACAUCCCCCAACCUGAUGUUCUUCAGAGGUGCUGAGAUGCCUACUGCAAACAUGUUUAGUCAACAGGACCAGCUUUGCACAACAUAUAAACCCUCCUAUGAUUAUAUAUUAGUAUAUUUUGUAAAAGGCUAACAUGUUUAACAGAAUAACAGAGCUGGAAGAGACUUUGGAGGUCUUCUUAGUCCAACCCCCCGCUCAAGCUGGAGACCCUAUAACGUUUCAGACAAAUUAACUGUCCAAUCUCUUCUUAAAAACUUCCAGUGUUGGAGCCUUCACAACUUCUGAAAGCAAACUGUUCCACUGGCUAAUUGUCCUCACUGUUAGGAAGUUUCUCCUUAGUUCUAAGUUGCUUCUCUCCUUGAUUAGUUUCCAUCCGUUGCUUCUUCUCCUGCCUUCAGGUGCUUUGGAAGAUAGCUUGGCUCCCUCUUCUUUGUGGCAGCCCCUGAGAUAUUGGAAGACUGCUAUCAUGUCUCCCCUAGUCCUUCUCAUCUCUAGACUUGUUGUCGUUAGUUGCGAAGUCGUGUCCGAUCCAUCGCGACCCCAUGGACAACGUUCCUCCAGGCCUUCCUGUCCUCUACCAUCCUCUGGAGUCCAUUUAAGGUCACGCCGACUGCUUCGGUGACUCCAUCCAGCCACCUCGUUCUCUGUCAUCCCCUUCUUCUUUUGCCCUCAAUCUCAAUCUCUAGACUAGCCAAACCCAAAUCCUGCAACCGUUCUUAGUAUGUUGGACCCAAGGAAAAAAACUUAGGUUCCCCGAACGUCUAGCUGAAGUAGCCAUGAGAUGACGAAAUCUUGGCUCAGAUGGUUCCCAAACUGAACUUUCACAGCUCAAAGUGAUGUUGUGUAGGAUCACAGAGGACAACUCCUUAGCCUUAUGUGCUAAGCAGGCAUCCAGCUCUACUGAAUUAUAAAUACGGCGGUUUAAACCGCUUGCCAAAAUGGUUGAAAUAAAACAUUUUCUUUUGCUGAUAUUUUCUGCUUAAACUUCUGGGGCUUGUGGUUGUUUUUAAGGGAGCCUUUUGCAAUGACCUCCUUUCGUUUUUAGCCAGAACUAAACUACUCCGAGGAGAAAAUAACUGCUAUCGGGAAAAGAUGACACGUACACUUGUAAAGGCAUCGCCUUUUUUUUUUCUUUUAAAAAUCCUCUUUUAUUUCCUUGAAAACCAAAAAUUUAAAAAUUUCUCAAAAUAAAAAUAUUUUUUAGAAAAAAAGGGGUUUGUUUGCAUCAGUUGUGGUGGGCCGGAAAUAAAAACGUAACGAGAGAAACUGAAAAAGCAAAGAAAGAAACAAAUAAGAUAAAGUCUUAACAGAAACCUAUUUACAUAAAACUGUAAAUAUAUAUUUGUAUGUAUUUAUAUAUAUAUAUAUAUAUUAUCCA